CUGGAGUUCGAAUGUUUUGACGGAGCUGUCAAACUCCAAGAGCUCACGUUGCGGUAUAUGAACAUUUGGAAAAUUUCAGACGGUGCGUUUAAAGGGCUCGUUGCGUUAAAGCGGAUUGAUUUGAAAGGGAACAAUAUCAUCUCAUUUACAUCGAGCAUAUUUCAAAACCAGAAAAACCUGCGUCAGAUUACUACGGACAAUUUUCGACUUUGCUGCGAUUCUGUCAAACCGAGCACCGUGCAGCCGGUGGACUGUGACGCGCCUAACGACGAGAUAUCGUCGUGCGCCGACAUCCUCCGGACCCUGCUCCUGAGAGCCUCGCUGUGGAUCAUGGCAGUCCUGACGCUCACGGGAAACCUCGGCGUCAUUGUCUAUCGGAUCUUCUUUGACAGGGGACUGAAGCAAAGUUUCCGAAUCAUCAUCACGUGUCUGAGCGCAUCCGAUUUUAUCAUGGGCGUCUACCUUGUGAUCAUAGGAAGUGCUGACGCCUUCUACAGAGACCGGUAUCUGGUGUACGAGCACGAAUGGACGAGCAGUGCCGCGUGCCAGGUCGCCGGGUUUCUGUGCCUUCUCUCCAGCGAGACCUCGGCUCUCUUCAUCCUUUUGGUUACGCUUGACCGCCUGCUCGCCAUAGCCUUCCCCUUACAUCCAAACUGCCACUUUAACACCAAAUCUGCCACCGUCGCUUGUGGUCUCGUGUGGAUCAUCGGCCUCAUCAUGGCGACCGUCCCGCUGCUGCCGCCAUUUCAGCACUGGCAGCUCUACACGCAGAAGGCCGUGGGAGUGCCAUUACCCAUCACCAGAUCUCACCUCCCAGGUUAUGAGUACUCCUUCGGCAUCUUCAUCCUGUUCAACAUGACCGUGUUUCUCCUGGUGGCUCUAGGCCAGCUCCUCAUCUACUUAUCCGUGACUCUCCAGAAACACACCAGAAUCUCAGAGAUCAGAGUCCGCCAGGACACCGCCAUUGCGAAGCGUUUAAUCUUAGUUGUGCUCACAGACUGCCUUUGUUGGUUCCCCAUCACGGUCAUGGGACUCGCUGCCCGGUCCGGUCAGCCCGUGCCCGGGGAGAUGAACGUCGUCGCCACGGUCUUUCUACUGCCUGCCAACUCUGCCUUCAACCCUUUCCUCUACACGGCCAACGCCAUCCUGCUGGCGCGCAGGAUACGGAAGAAGAAACACUCGAGCGAAGCUGAAAUGAGCCUGCGGCGGAUGUCGUCAUAG